UAUCGACUCAAUUACGUCACCACCUUUCGGCAGCUAAUGGCCGGACAACAACAAUCGUUAGCGCGAACCAAAGUUGCCCAAACUUAAGAAAGUUUCCACAAAUAAAAAAAAAAGUUUAAAAAUUCCGUUUUUUUCCACCCUUUAAUCACAAAUGUGGAGUCGCUGAUGGAUCCGAGAUAUGACAUCUCGCGGAGGGUCGGCGGCGGCGGCGGGAGCUCCUCGAACUCGUCACCCGCUUUGGGGGCUCACUCGCGCCGCCGGAAAAUGCCGCCCAGGCCCGCCGACUUGAAGCUUCAAAUCAUCAUCAUUGGCUCCCGCGGCGUGGGGAAAACCAGUCUCAUGGAGCGAUACACCGACGACACAUUCUCCGAGGCCUGCAAGUCCACCGUAGGAGUGGAUUUCAAAAUCAAAACUGUGGAGCUGAAGGGGAAGAAGAUCCGGUUGCAGAUCUGGGACACAGCGGGCCAGGAGCGCUUCAACAGCAUCACGUCGGCAUACUACCGUGGCGCCAAGGGCAUCGUGCUGGUCUACGACAUCACCAAGCAGGAGACCUUUGACGACCUUCCCAAGUGGAUGAAGAUGAUUGACAAGUAUGCCUCCGAGGAGGCCGAGCUUCUCCUGGUGGGCAACAAGAUGGACUGUGAGAGUGAUCGGGUCAUCUCCAGACAACAAGGAGAAAGGUUUUCCUCCCGAAUAAGCGGCAUGCGUUUCUGCGAGACGAGCGCCAAAGACAACUGUAACGUGGAAGAGAUCUUCCUCAAGCUCGUGGAGGACAUUCUUAGCAAGAUGCCGCUUGAGGUUCCCAACAAGGAGCUCUCCGGCAGUUUGCUGUCCCUACAGCCCGAACCCGAAGUGCCUCCGGAGUUGCCCCCGCCUCGCGUACGCUGCUGCUGAGAGCCCCCUCCCCCAGCACCCGCCGAACCCAACCCCCUGCAUUCAACACCUUCACAUACGCCAAACAACCAACCAGCCGACAAGACAUCAUUUUGCUCACACGUGCAGUGUGCCAAAGUGACCAAGAGGGGGCACCAGCGAUUUGGAAGUUGCAACUUUAGCAACACUUAAGCCCACCCAGCUUCUGCCGCCCUCACCCGGACUACCUCACGCCACAAGCUGUGCACCCACACACACACACACACACACACACACACACGUGCCUUUGAGGUAGCAAGCACCCUCACCCUCCCACCCCCACCCACCGACCCUUUAUUUACAGCAACUUAUAUUCCCAGUUCAUCUUAUCCGAUACUGUCAUUUGUUGACUCGACGAAAGCACACUAUCUUUUUUUUUUUUUAUGCUGCAACCAGGAUAACGUAGCAGGUAGGUGGUUAAUCAGCAGUAUCGUGCGGCCAGACUGUUACAGAAUGCAUAUGCGAAUGAAACAGACGCAGGAAGUCGAGGAUAAAGAAAAACGGUUUCACGGUGAGGGAACAGGUCUGCUACGUGUUUGUCGACUCCAUUUACGAGCGUCCCGUCCUUUGCACAUUUAAAAAAAAAAAAAAAAAUGCACAUGAAUUCCUUAACUUUAAAGUUUCUCUGAACACGUUGGGCCUUUUGUCACGGAACACUAAAAACACUUUUGAUGUGGGUUCAUACUACAAUGAGUUAAGCGGGGUACCAGCACACCGAAAAUCGGGCAAUACUUGAGCAUCCCCCUUUGCGAUAAAGGUCAGCAAAGGCCUGAUUCUCCGAUAUCUCAACAAUUAUACUGACUUAGUUACCUGUGGUGUGUGUACAGAUGGAUUAGUUUUUCCCCCCUCCCUGAUUGAAAAAUGGUUUAGCCCUGAAAUAGUAACUGUUAAACCUGUUCAAUAGUCACAAUCACAAAUCAGUACGUGUGGUCAAUACUGCGCUGGGCUGAGCUACGGAAUACGUGACUGCGACGUGAAAUUGAACGGCGGCGUACCCGCACGCUGAAAAUCGGGCCAAAUUUGAGCAAAGUCCUGAUUGUCGGACGUCUCAAAGAUUAUCCUGAGAGAUUUUUGCCCUUCAGAUGUUACACAUCAGUAUUUGUGCACGGCUUUACAUGACCCAUUUGCAUCUUCUAUCGUUUACUUUUUAGAACGCUUGCAAGCGCGCGGACCCAAUUAUGUCAGCAUUUUUUUUUUUUUUUUUUUGCCACUAACCUUUCUACUGCUCUUCUAUCCCAUUUCUCUAUUAUUAUUUUUUUUCUAUUCAAUAAGUGUAAGAGAUCUCAGAGAAGUGUCGGGCCUCUCGUUGCAAUUUGGAUUUUUUGCUAUUUAUAACCAUUGUGGCAUUGUUGGACUAAUGAAAUUAAAGAUGUCUAUAUUUAUUACCAGA